UUCUUCAUUUUUUAAUUUACCUUUUGAAUUUGUAUAUCCUUUUAAAAUAAUAUUUCAUUAUCAUGAUUUGCAUUUCUUAUGACAGUGCUCUGUUGGGAAAUCGACUAAGUGGUCCAUUUCCUGAAGUGCUCACACAAAUCACCACUCUUAAGACUUUGAUUCUGGAGUCCAAUAAUUUCUAUGGAAAUCUUCCUCCAGAACUUGGCGAUCUUCCACAGUUAGAAAGAUUGCUACUUAACUCUAAUAAUUUCACAGGGGAGUGGCCUCAAACACUUUCCAAUCUGAGUACAUUGAGAGAUGUACGUCUGGGCGAUAAUCAAUUUUCUGGAAAGAUACCUAAAUUUAUUGAAAAAUGGACAAAUCUCCAAAUAUUAGAUAUUACAGGGAGUGGCUUGGCAGGACCAUUUCCAUCUGGAUUUUCAUUUCCGCAAAGCUUAAUCAAAUUGAAAGUUACUGACUUAAAUGGACCCGAGUCAACUUUUCCAUCAGUUAACUUGAUACGAUUGGAACGAUUGGUAUUAAGGAAUUGCAAUAUUAACGACAAAAUACCAGAAUAUAUUGGAAACAUGACAAAUUUGAGACUUUUGGAUCUCAGCUAUAACAGAUUAAGGGGCAAAAUUCCAAACAUGGAAGGACUAAUAAACGCAACUAAUAUAUAUUUUACUGGAAACCUUCUCACUGGAUCAAGAAAUGAAUGGAGAUUACCUAAGAAGGCUAAGUUCAUAGAUCUUUCAUACAAUAAUUUCAGCAACGGUAAUGAAGGAGCACCAGGAUGUCUGGAUCAAAAUAAGAAUGUUUUUGCAAGCUUUUCAAGUGAGAAUAACUCAGGACCCUAUUCUUGUAUAAAGGCGACAUGUGCUAAGACCUCUUACUCCUUCCAUAUAAAUUGUGGUGGAAAUGAUGUGAUAAGAAUUGGAGAUACAAUAUAUGAUCGUGAUUUAAGCGUUCAAUCGGAAGAAGUAGCAAUAUCUUAUUCGUCAUAUUGGGCGAUUAGCAAUACUGGUCUCCUAUUAGACGCUAACAGUGAAAAAGAAGCACGCAGCUACGAAGUACAAAAUAUAUCAAGGCUUUAUAUGUCUGAUGCUGAAGCCAAACUCUAUAGCACUGCAAGAAUGUCUCCCCUUUCUUUAACUUAUUAUGGAUUUUGCCUCGCAAAUGGAAAUUACACAGUAAGACUUCACUUUGCUGAGAUAAUGUUCACAGAUGAUAACACAUACAGAAGCCUAGGUCGACGUCUAUUUGAUGUUUACAUUCAGGGAAAACGAGUAUUGAAGGAUUUCAAUAUAGUAAAGAAAGCACAAGGGGCUGGAAAGGCACAUAUAGAAAAUUUUACUGCUUCAGUGAGUAACUCAACCUUAGAGAUUCGUUUCUAUUGGGCAGGAAAAGGGUCAACUGGUAUUCCAAAAAGAUCAGUAUAUGGCCCUCUUAUUUCAGCAAUAUCUGUCACUUCUGAUGAUUUUAAACCUCCAUCACCACCUGGUCAUCAUCAUAAACGGGUCGUGCUUCUCAUUAUGGUUGCAACAUUGGUUAUUCUCAUCUUGGUUUUCGGCAUACUUUGGUGGAGAUUUUGCCUUAAAAGUAAUAACUCAUUAUCUAAAGAAUUCAAGGAUUUAGAUUUGAAAACUGGUGUAUUUACCUUACGUCAAAUCAAAGUAGCAACAAAUAACUUCAAUAUUUCAAACAAGAUAGGAGAAGGAGGAUUUGGUCCUGUGUAUAAGGGCAUUUUGUGGGAUGGCACAAUGAUAGCAGUGAAACAACUUUCGUCUAAAUCAAAACAAGGAAACCGAGAGUUCAUAAAUGAGAUAGGCUUGAUCUCAGCUUUGCAACAUCCUUAUCUGGUUAAACUUUAUGGUUGUUGUGUCGAGGGAGAUCAACUAUUGCUGGUAUAUGAAUAUUUGGAAAACAAUAGUUUAGCACAUGCUCUAUUUGGUAGCGAAGAAGUUAGUUUACAAUUAAAUUGGGCAAUAAGGCAGAAGAUUUGCAUAGGUAUCGCUAAAGGUUUGGCUUUCCUACAUGAAGAAUCAAGAAUCAAAAUUGUUCACAGGGACAUCAAGGCCACUAAUGUGUUGCUUGAUAAAGAGCUAAAUCCAAAAAUAUCUGAUUUUGGUUUAGCUAAACUUGAUGAUGAGGAAGACAACACUCAUAUAAGCACUCGAAUAGCUGGGACCUAUGGAUAUAUGGCUCCUGAAUAUGCCAUGCAUGGAUAUUUGACAGAGAAAGCAGAUGUUUAUAGUUUUGGAAUUGUUGCCUUGGAAAUUGUUAGUGGAAAGAGUAACACAAUCCACCGACCAAAGGAGGGAACGAUCUGUCUUCUUGAUUCGGCACGUGUGUUGAAAGCAGAAGGUAAAUUAAUGGAGUUGGUUGAUGAAAGACUAGGGUCAACUUUCAAUGAAGAAGAAGUCAUGGUGAUGAUUAAUGUGGCUCUUCUGUGCACCAAUGCUACUUCCAAUCUUAGACCCACCAUGUCUUCAGUUGUAAGCAUGCUUGAAGGCAAAAGUCUUGUUUCAGAAUUCGUUUCAAAUACAAGUGAAGUUAUGGAUGAAAUGAAGUUAGAAACAAUGAGACAGUACUAUAAUCAAAGUCAAACUUUAUCAAUUGAAUGGCCUUCAUCUUCAUCUUCGGUUGAUCAUUAUCCCCUUUACCCUAAUUCAUCAUUGGAGACCAACAGAUUAAAAGAUUCUAUGUAAAACUGUAAUCAGUCUUUAUAUAAUUUGAUGUAUUUAUACUUUGAAUGUUUAUUCGUAGAGUCUUGUAAUACAAGUAAAACGAUAUGAU